GUCCUGGCUCUUAACUCAGGGGGCUCCUGGGUGUAAGAGAGAGAGAGAAAUCAGAGAGGAUAAGGCACCUCACACAGAGAAGAGUGACAUCCAAAUGAUCAACAGAUGAUGAGCCAGAUCCAUCUAACAGAUCAACAUUUUUUUGCAUUUUUUUAAUAGUUUAUUUUUUUAUCCACCAUGCACAUUACUGAGCUACUCCGCGAGUGCCUUCUGCAUUUGUUUUCCUUCUUGGAUAGGGACAGUCGGAAAUGUUUAUCACAGACUUGUCGCAGCCUCAAGGACGUUUACCAUGAUCCUUUGCUGUGGCCUUUAUUAAGUUUCAGUUCACUGGCAGAGAUUAACAAGAAAAACUAUGUAUUGGGCCCAGCUCUCAGAUCGCUGUCUAUUUGUUGGUAUUCUAGCCGGGUGAAAAUUUGUAACAUUGAAAACUGGGAGAAAAGUUCUCUGCAGAAAUCCAUGUGCAGCCAACACCUGAACAUAGCAAGUAACUUACUUCUGCAGGUCAGUGAGAGAUGCCCUAACCUGCGAUCACUGACAUUGUCUGGCUGUGCCCAUGUUUCUGAUGAGGAAAUUAUUCAAAUUUUAGCAAGCUGCCCGCGACUUCAGAGCCUGAAACUAGAGAAUUGCUCUGGAGUGACAGAUAAGAUGUUAGCUGUGAUACCCCUGCUUGGUGGCCAUCUUCAGACACUCCAUGUUAACUUCUGUCGAAAUAUAACACAAGAUGGCCUCAUCAGAGUGCUGGUGGGGUGUCCAGCGCUGGAUCUGCAGGCAAUCAGAAGUGCAGAAAUGAUCGCUGACAGGCUUCCAGAACCCAACGUUACACUUCACAAAAAUAUAAGAAAACUUAUAUUGCAAUGACAGAUGCAAGGCACCGUUUUACAGUUACAAAUGGAUCUUGCGUUUCUUGUUUAAUGCAUAUUUGUUUAUCCUUUGCUGAUCCUGGCCUGCAGGAAUACAAUGUAAUGAGAAUUAAUUCUGUAUGCAUUGCUUAAUGGUUAUAUAAUUUAAUGAGAGUCACGGACAGAAGACUUUGUGAGAACAUGCACAAAAAAUGUGAAAUUAAAGAACUCUAGGACUUUGAAAAACAUUUGAAACUCAACAACUUUAAGAGUAUUUUUAUUUGUAUAAUGCAGUGCCUUUUAAAUAACAAACUGCCGUAUGGUAGUAAAGAAGGGAGGUCUACUUGAAAAAACACUAUAGGCUUAAAGAUACAGUCUACUGCAGAAUUGUUAUUGUUUAAAAAUAGAGAUAAUCCCUUUAUUACCCAUUCCCCAGUUUUGCAUAAUCAACACAGUUAUAUUAAUAUACUUUUUACCUCUGUGAUUACCUUGUAUCUAAGCCUCUGAAGACUGCCCCCUUAUUUCAAUUCUUUUAAGAGACUUGCAUUUUACCCAAUCAGUGCUGACUCAUAAAUAACUUCAAGGGAGUGAGCAUGUUUUCUAUAUAGCACACAUGAACUAGCUCUGUCUAGCUGUGAAAAACUAUCAAAAUGCACUGAGAUAAGAGGCGGCCUUCAAAGGCUUAGAAAGUAUCAUAUGAGCCUACUUAGAUUUAGCUUCCAACAAAGAAUACCAAGAGAACAAAGCAAAUUUGAUGAUAAAAGUAAAUUGAAAAGUUAUUUAAAAUUGCAUGCCAGAUCUAUGAAAGUUUAAUUUUGAUUAGAUUGUCCCUUUAAACAGCACCUCUUCAAAGACCUGGGGAAAUAAACAAAAACAAGCACAUAGUGCAUUAAAACACACAACAGUAGUGCUACAGAGCACAGUUGGAGACUGUAGGAAAACUAUUACCUGGAGAACUGGGAGGCUACAGCCUGUUUGUGAUCGCACCAGGAGCUGUGAAUGCUACCUUUACUGGAAUUUCUUGCUUCCCUUGUGGUUUGUAAUGCCCUCUUUUUUGCCUUUUCUCUAUUUGGCCCAUCAACAUAGGGGUCUGUCACAGUCCUUUAGAAAAACGUAUCUAAUGAUUUUGAACAGAAAAACAACAUUAAAAUCUAUAGAGAUUUUUUUUUUUUUAUAGAUAGGUAAUUUGAUACAUUAUUCUAAGGGAUUGUGAUUGACCACAAUACUCAGCACUGUUCCUAGGAAAUAGCUGUGCCAGCUUUUCUGUACUAGAGUUUUAUUUUCGUUUUUUUUGUUGUUUUUUUUUUAAAGAAAAUAGUGUUAAAUAAAGCAUUAAAUCAUUUUCCUAACCUCACAUUUUGUACACAGAUUUACAGUGUCAUACACAAGUGUUCUUUUUAGGUUAAAAUUCUCUGAAAGAAGAAAAUAAAAAAGUAAACACACAUACACUACAAGUUAGUAAAAGUUUUUUAUAUAUAUUUUUUUAUUCAUUUGGCUUUGAGGAUUGUGAAUGUUCUCUGUUAUUUUAUUGUUUGUGAAUGUUGACUGUCAAUUUUUUUAAAAUAAAGUUAUCUUAACAUUA